AUGGACCCAGAACGUCGCAAGGUUGUCGAGAAAUCAAUGAAGCGGAAACUCGAUGCAAGAUGUUCGCUAUUCAUCUUGAUUUAUAUCAUGAAUUACCUCGAUCGCAACAACAUGGCUGCUGCCAGAUUGAAGGGGCUGCAACAGGACUUGAAGCUCAGCGAUACACAAUAUGCCACAUGUUUGAGUAUCCUCUAUGUUGGAUAUAUUCUCAUGCAGGUUCCUUCGAACAUCAUCAUUAACCGCAUCACGAAACCGAGUUGGUACAUCGGCGCCGCCAUGCUUCUUUGGGGCCUGAUCUCAACACUUUCCGGAGUCGCCCAAGGCUUCGGUGGCAUGGUGGCCAUAAGAUUCUGCCUAGGAUUUGUGGAAGCUGCCUUCCUGCCCGGCGCCCUCCUCAUCUUGUCAAAGUGGUACACUCGCAGCGAGUUGACCAAGCGUAACGCUCUUCUCUUCUGUGGCAACCUCAUCUCGAACGCUUUCUCAGCUCUUGUUGGUGCUGGUGUUCUCUCGAACAUGCAAGGUACACUAGGUCACGCUGCUUGGCGUUGGCUGUUCUGGAUCGAAGGAGCUGUGACGAUGGGAGUCGCUAUUACUGCUGCUUUCGUACUGCCAGACUUGCCUCAUAACUCGAGUGGCUUCACCGAAGAAGAACUGCAAGUCGCUCAGCUCCGCAUGAUCGAAGAUGUUGGAGAGGCCGACGAGGAUAGCAAUGAAGAUGGCGUAUUCACUGGUCUCUUCAUGGCUCUCAGGGAUCCCAAGAUCUAUGUCUUGAUGUUCACCCUCACCGCCUAUGUCGUUGGCCUCAGUUUCAAUGCCUUCUUCCCCUCUCUCACAAAGACUCUGGGUUUCGGCUACGUUCCCACCCUGCUUAUGAGCGCUCCCCCAUGGGUAUUCGCCUGUAUUGUGUCUCUGAUCAACGCCUGGCACGCCGAUCGAACUCAGGAGAAAUUCUGGCACAUUGUGGGACCCAUCUGUAUGGGUCUCAUAGGAUUCAUCAUCAACAUGUCUACCCUGAACACCGCCGGCCGCUAUAUUGCCCUCUUCCUACAGGCAGGAUCCUAUGCAGGCUUCAUCGUCUUCUACUCGUGGAUCUCGUCCAGUUUCCCACGCCCACCUGCCAAGCGUGCCGUCGCAAUUGCUCUGGUCAACGCAUUCAGUCAGCUAGGAAACGUGGCCGGCUCAUACGUAUGGGACCUCACCGAGAAUGGGUACCGUAAGUCGUACGGUAUCGUGACAGCAAUGUUUGGGGUCACGGUUGUGGGCUGCAUUAUCAUGAAGAUGAUUCUCGUCAGCCUGAACAAGAAGCUCGAGGCAGGAGAGGCUGCUGCGUGGGCCACCAAACCUGAUGUCGCUGAGCACACUGCUGAGAAGGAGUUCUUGGACAGCCCUGACGAGGCUUUACGCAUGAGACAGGGAUUCAGAUAUUUGGUUUAA